AUGGCAAUGCUGAGAUGUCUUCUGCUUCUUAUCACUAUUUAUUCCAUGAUUAAUGCGGAAGAUGAAAAUUGCCCCAAUGGAUGGACACAUUUUGGAGUUAAAUGCUACAAGUACUUCUCUGAGGCAUUUAACUGGAUCACUGUGGAGAGAUUCUGUCAAAUGUAUGAUGCAAAUCUUGCUUCUGUGCAUAAUAAAUUGGACAAUGAUCAUCUGCUGAGCCUGGUGCCUUCUUUCACACGUUUUUGGGUUGGCGCUCAGGAUGGAGAACAAGAAGGACAGUGGAUUUGGAGUGAUGGAAGUCACUUUAAUUACACCAGCUGGUGUUCUGGAGAACCUAACAAUGUAGGAAAUGAAGAGAACUGCCUGGAGCUGGCCUAUAGCUCUAACAAUUGCUGGAACGAUCUGACAUGUUCAGUACAACUUGCCUUUGUGCAAAAAAGAUCCAAGAUCACAAGAACUAACCGUUCCUGGAAUGAUCUGACCUGUUCAGAUCGAGUUGCCUUUGUUUGUGCUAAAAACUUCGAUUCUCCGAAGAUCCAGAUCCCCAGUGUGCGUGUGCGUGGUUCCCCUUCGCCCCUGGACGUCUUCACCCAGCCUGCACGGAUCCCUCCUCUCACUCCUCCUUCACUACCUGCUCCUCUGCUUGUGUCUGUUCAAUAA